AUGCUAUCUUUCUGCCCCCAUUGUCAUAAUAUGCUAUUGGUUUCACAAACCGAUGGCGGAGCUUAUGCGUUGAAGUGUGGAGCUUGUCCAUACGUGUUUCCCAUUGAAGGUCUAGAGGUGUAUGACCGGAAAACGUUUCCAAGGAAAGAUGUCGAUGAUGUUAUUGGCGGUGGUUGGGAUAAUGUGGAUCAAACUGCAGUACAGUGUCCGAACUAUGACCAAUGUGCAGGCGAAAGAGCUUACUUCUUCCAGCUACAGAUUCGUUCUGCAGAUGAGCCUAUGACUACCUUUUACAAGUGCGUGAACUGUGGGAACCGGUGGAGAGAGAAUUAG